GAGGGUUUCAUUGGUCUCAACCUGGCCCCACCAGCCAACCCACCCCCAUUGGACAGUCUCAACGGGAAGGUUGGUCAAGAGCUCAAGUGUUUCUGAGAAUCUGGGUGAUUAUAAGAAACCCUUAGGAAUGCGGGGUGGGGAGUGGGAAACAAAGGAAAGAGGAGGUUCUUUUCUCAGAAGGAAAAGUGAAAGAAAGAGGGGAAGAAUAUUAAAGUCCACUUCUAGCCAGGAGAGCAGGGCAUUCUCAGCUGCUCAACUGCCCAGCGUGACCAGUGGCCUUCCACAAUCUGGUCUUGACUCCUCUGCUGAACAAAGCCUCUGACCCCUGGCCGGCCAUUCUGAGAGAUGGCUAACAUGGCCAACAGUGAGGCCUGUGCCUCUCCACUGGAUCUGUUCAACAGCAUUACCACUCAAGGGGAGCACGUGAGGGCCCUGAAAGCCGGAAAUGCAUCAAAGGAUGAAAUUGAUUCUGCAGUAAAGAUGUUGCUGUCGUUAAAAAUGAGCUACAAAGCUGCCAUGGGGGAGGAUUACAAGGCUGACUGUCCUCCAGGGAACCCAGCACCUAGCAAUAAUCAUGGCCCAGACGCCACAGAAGCUGAAGAGGAUUUUGUGGACCCAUGGACAGUACAGACGAGCAGUGCAAAAGGCAUAGACUAUGAUAAGCUCAUUGUUCGGUUCGGAAGCAGUAAAAUUGACAAAGAGCUAAUAAACCGAAUAGAGAGAGCCACCGGCCAAAGACCACACCACUUCCUGCGCAGAGGCAUCUUCUUCUCACACAGAGAUAUGAAUCAGGUUCUUGAUGCCUAUGAAAAUAAGAAGCCAUUUUAUCUGUACACGGGCAGGGGCCCCUCUUCUGAAGCAAUGCAUGUGGGUCACCUCAUUCCAUUUAUUUUCACAAAGUGGCUCCAGGAUGUGUUUAACGUGCCCUUGGUCAUCCAGAUGACGGAUGACGAGAAAUAUCUGUGGAAGGACCUGACCCUGGACCAGGCCUACGGCUAUGCCGUGGAGAAUGCCAAGGACAUCAUUGCCUGUGGCUUUGACAUCAACAAGACUUUCAUCUUCUCUGACCUGGACUACAUGGGGACGAGCCCAGGUUUCUACAAAAAUGUGGUGAAGAUUCAGAAGCAUGUUACCUUCAACCAAGUGAAAGGCAUUUUCGGCUUCACUGACAGUGACUCCAUUGGGAAGAUCAGUUUUCCUGCCAUCCAGGCCGCUCCCUCCUUCAGCAACUCAUUCCCACAGAUCUUCGGAGACAGGACAGAUAUCCAGUGCCUUAUCCCAUGUGCCAUUGACCAGGAUCCUUACUUUAGAAUGACAAGGGACGUCGCCCCCAAGAUCAGCUAUCCUAAACCAGCCCUGCUGCACUCAACCUUCUUCCCCGCCCUGCAGGGCGCCCAGACCAAAAUGAGUGCCAGCGACCCCAACUCCUCCAUCUUCCUCACCGACACAGCCAAGCAGAUCAAAACCAAGGUCAAUAAGCAUGCAUUUUCUGGAGGGAGAGACACUAUCGAGGAGCACAGGCAGUUUGGGGGCAACUGUGAUGUGGACGUGUCUUUUAUGUACCUGACCUUCUUCCUCGAGGACGACGACAAGCUCGAACAGAUCAGGAAGGAUUACACCAGCGGAGCCAUGCUCACCGGUGAGCUCAAGAAGACACUCAUAGAGGUUCUCCAGCCUUUGAUCGCAGAGCACCAAGCCCGGCGCAAGGAGGUCACAGACGAGAUCGUGAAAGAGUUUAUGACUCCCCGGAAGCUGUCCUUCGACUUUCAGUAGCACUCAUUUUACAUAUGCUUAUGCAGAGAAUUGAUUUCUCAAUAAUCCCAGCCCAGUCAAAGCACCGCCACUUGUAGGCUUCUGUCUCAUGGUAAUUACUGGGCCUGGUCUCUGUAAGCCUAUAUGUUAUCAAUACUGUUUCUUCCUGUGAGUUCCAUUAUUUCUGUCUUCUAUGGGCAAAGCAUUGUGGGUAAUUGGUGCAGGCUAAUAUGCAGGGUCAGAUAGAGAAGUCCAGCUGUGAGUCUCUCCCCAGAGCAGCCCCAAGGAGGGGAGCCUUUGGCUAGAAGUCCAUGGGUCACCCUGUUCCAGUCUGUAGGGGACUCCGAAGCUUCCAAGUAUACUCUUAAAACCCACUCUAUUUAAAAAUACACAUUCUGUGUAUGCAUAUA